CAAUGUCGAAACUGGAGCAGCAGUUGAAAGCGCGAUUAUUGGAUCGUGAGAAACGAUCGCAAUUACGACGAUUGACGACGUUUCCACCUGACAAUGUCGAUUUUUCGUCAAAUGCAUACCUCUCUCUGUCAUCGGUACCUGAGAUUCGACGCGCCUAUCACUCGCUUCUUGAGAAUCAUGCAGCGCCGCCUCCGUUGUUAGGCUCCGGUGGUUCACGACUAUUGGACGGCAAUUCAACCCUCGCGGAAAAUCUUGAGAGAGACAUUGCGGCAUUUCAUAACGCAGAUGCUGGGCUGUUGUUUAAUUCGGGGUUUGAUGCGAAUGUCGGUCUUGUGAGCUGUUUGCCGCAGCCGGGGGAUGUUGUUGUCUACGAUGAGCUUAUUCAUGCGAGUGCUCAUGAUGGGAUGAGGUUGAGUCGGGCGGGACGGAGGGUGUCGUUUAAGCAUAAUUGUGUGUAUGGGGAGGGUGGACUAGAUGAUGUUUUGCGUGGAAUUGGGGGCGAGAAAUCGGUGUUUAUUCUUGUUGAAGGUGUUUACAGCAUGGACGGCGAUGUCGCUCCUCUCAAGGAGAUUGUCGAAUGCGUCAAAAGUCGAGUCCCAACUAAUGGCUACAUCAUCGUCGACGAGGCACAUUCUACCGGCAUUUUCGGACACCAAGGACGCGGUCUCGUAUGCGAAUUGGGUUUGGAAAAGGAAAUAUUUGCACGACUGCAUACCUUUGGCAAAGCAAUGAGUUCUUUUGGAGCUAUUGUCUUGUGCUCACCCACGACGCGAGAGUAUCUCAUAAAUUACGCACGAACUCUCAUCUACACGACUGCAAUGCCAUUCUCCUGUCUUGCGAGUAUUGGCAUCUCUUAUCAGUAUCUGCAGAGUGGAAGGGCUGAUGAGAGGUUGAAGCAUCUUUGGAGUCUGGUCAGCUACACGCACAAGCUACUAGCGGAAGCGUGCUCUUCCAGCCAAUCAAUCCGCGCGGAGGAAGCACCGAAAUCACCGAUUAUACCGGUUUUUACAUCACAGCCACGCAGUCUAGCUCAGUUUUGUCAGGAACGGGGGUUCACGGUUCGUCCGAUUGUGGCGCCGACAGUACCCAAGGGCAGUGAAAGGGUUAGGAUAUGUGUACAUGCAGGGAACACGAUUGCGGAAGUGGAAGGCUUGGUCGACACGAUCAAGCUUUGGGUGCAGGCUCAUGAAGGGGGGUCUGCGAAACUUUAGACAUCGCCUGGGGAGAUAGGUUGUAAAGAUAAUAUAGACAGGAAUGCCACUAGCAAUCUGGGGCGUCUUCAUUCUUACUAAACGCUUGGGAAGCCUUCAGCUAGGAAUAGCAGUUUAAGUUCUUGAUGUAA